ACGGCUGGUGUUUCCAGGAUACUGCUGUAAACAAGGCUACCUGCAUGCCCAGCCAUGCUGCAGAUAGGCACCUUGACCUCGACGAUAAAACUAACUUCAGGCCUGUGGUAUUGGAAAGAUGGCACUAACACACUCGAAUUUGCAAGCUCCAGUCCAGAAGAUGAGGAAAACCUUAAGGAAGAAAGUAACGCUCACCUUCAGGAAAUAUGCGUGAAGACAUUAAAGAGCAUUUUCCAAGAUGAAGGCAGUGCUACGCUCCCUGAAAAGAAGAGGCUGCCUGACAAUGAGGAAAAAAUUCAGAAGCUGUCAAAGUGGAUAAAACACGAAUAUGUCACACUGGAUGAUGUCAAAUAUCUCCUUUUCCUUUUGAGAGAAGAAGAUGACUCACAUCCCAUGCUACCAUUUGCAGCAGUUAUGGGGAAUAAGAAACUGGAUGAGUUCCUCAUGGCCCUGCUUUUCUACAUGUCUUUUUACCUGGAAAAAAUUACCCUGGAAAAGAAAACCGAAUCCUUGCUUUUGACUGUGAUUUAUCUGGAAAAUAACGAAACGGACGAUGUGUUGGCGAAGUUAGCGGUGGCCAAGAUUUACCUUGCCAAGGUUUAUGGUAGCCUUGUCCUUGAGAAAGGCACAGCACGGGGGAGCGGCACGUCUCAUAGAAAGAGAAAAACAUCUUUGCAGAAAGAUCGGGUCUUCUUUGAGGGCUUCUACAACUUCUGCAGCUACUUGACUUGGCUCGUGUUCAGACGGAAGCACUUCCAAGUGAUCCGGGAAGAAAUCGGCAGGCUCCUUUGUUCCGACCUGUUCAAUCUCGCCUUCAGAGACAGGAGCCAUAUUUCUUUGCAGAAUACAGAUGACCAGACUACUGAUACAAAUGCAGUGAGUUCACCACCUCAGAGACAAGUCCGUGCCAAGCAUCCAUCCAUCAACAGCAUGCUUCACCAACACUCACCUGUGCUCAGCACCCUGCUGCCCUUACCGAAGGAGAUUGCUCAAUACCGCUCCCAGAGCCAUUACUGUCGGGGCAAAGGCCCCCAGCCCUGCUCAUGUGACUGCCUGCCAGACUUCUCAGAACUGCUCUCUACCAAGGUGGGCAUCAUUGGAGCUCCCUGUAGUGAGCUAAAGUCCUUUUUGAUCCAGUCUGAUGAGGCAACGGAAGAGGAAGAACAAGACCAAGAUCAAGAACAAAGAGAAGAACAAGAGAAACUAAGGAGUCCUGUGUCCUGACAAAAGAUCCGAGUUUAUCAGCUCUGAGUGGCCCCCAGAAAGGCAGUAGAGAGAACACUGUAUUCUCAAAAGCAAUGGCAGAAGGCGAUAGUAACCAGAACAACUAGCAGAAGUUG